CGCCUUCCCGCAAGCCCUGGGGCUGCAGUUUCGCCCAGAGACCCGGCGAGGGCGGGCGGGGCUCCGGGGAGAGCGGGGGCGAGUCACGUGACGAGUCAGCUGACCGCCGGGUGGCCCGCUUCCGUAGCGCUGGGGUCUGUCCAGCUCCGCCUCCUCCCACACGUGCGCGGCCGCGGCUGCUCUAGUCUCUUCGGAGUCCCGCCACCCGCACCAUGGCGCCCAACCAGCUCGCCUUAUUUAGCGUCUCUGAUAAGACCGGCCUUGUGGACUUUGCCAGAAACUUAACUUCUGUGGGCUUGAAUCUGGUUGCUUCCGGAGGAACAGCAAAAGCUCUCAGGGAUGCUGGUCUGGCAGUCAGAGAUGUCUCUGAGCUGACAGGAUUUCCUGAAAUGUUGGGUGGACGUGUGAAAACCUUGCAUCCUGCAGUCCAUGCUGGAAUCUUGGCUCGUAAUAUCCCAGAAGAUAAUGCUGACAUGGCCAGACUUGAUUUCAAUCUUAUAAGAGUUGUUGUUUGUAAUCUGUAUCCCUUUGUGAAGACAGUCGCUUCACCAGAUGUAACUGUUGGAGAGGCUGUGGAGCAAAUUGAUAUUGGUGGAGUAACCCUGCUGAGAGCAGCAGCCAAAAACCACGCUCGUGUGACAGUGGUGUGUGAGCCAGCUGACUAUGCAGCAGUAUCUGCAGAAAUGCAAAGCUCUGAUAGCAAAGACACCUCCUUGGAGACCAGACGCCAGUUAGCCUUGAAGGCUUUCACUCAUACGGCACAAUAUGAUGAGGCCAUUUCAGAUUACUUCAGGAGACAAUAUAGUAAAGGAAUAUCUCAGAUGCCCUUGAGAUAUGGCAUGAACCCUCAUCAGACUCCUGCCCAGUUAUACACGCUGAAUCCCAAGCUUCCCAUUACAGUUGUAAAUGGAGCCCCUGGAUUUAUCAACUUGUGUGAUGCUUUGAAUGCCUGGCAGCUGGUAAGGGAACUCAGAGAAGCCUUGGGCAUUCCAGCUGCUGCGUCCUUCAAACAUGUCAGCCCAGCCGGCGCUGCAGUUGGAAUUCCUCUCAGUGAAGAUGAGGCCAAAGUCUGCAUGGUAUAUGAUCUCUAUAAAACCCUCACACCCAUAUCAACCGCGUACGCAAGAGCGAGAGGAGCUGACAGAAUGUCUUCAUUUGGUGACUUUAUUGCCUUAUCUGAUAUUUGUGAUGUCCCUACUGCCAAAAUUAUCUCCAGAGAGGUUAGUAAACUUUCAUAGAUCUUGAUCCAUUCA